AUGGGGCUGCUUGGCUCUUUCCAGCGCUGCUGCGUCUGUGGCCAGAGCGGGGCAACCAUCAUGUGCUGCCAGGAGGACUGCGAGAGAUGGUUCCACCUGCCCUGUGCCAAGGAGGGCGGCUGUGUCAAUCAGUACAUCACUCCAUACAGCUCUUACUGUCCCCAGCACCGUCCAGUGCAGGAGGUGCGGGCGACUCCAGAGCCGGGCACCGAUUGCCCCAUCUGCCUGGAGCCUGUGGAGGAUAGAAAGACCUUCAAUACCAUGGUGUGCCCAAAGUGCAAAAGAGCCUGGUUCCACAGGGACUGCAUCCAGGGACAGGCCAUGUGCGCUGGUCUUUUAUACUUCUGCUGUCCCCUGUGCAGAAACAUGGAGGACUUCUCUGUUGAAAUGAUGAUCAUGGGGAUCCGAAUCCCCUUCAGACAGCCAACAUGGGAGGACAACGACGCCUUUGCUUAUCUUGGAGAGAGGCACAGCACGUGCAAUGCCAGGGAAUGCCUUUACCCUGGAGGCAGGGAGGAGGCAGAACAAGAGGGCCUCCAGGGAUGA